AUGGGGCUAUCCAGCGUUUGCUCGAGGCUCUUUGGGUCCUGCUGCGGCGGCCGCUCGAAAGACAGUAUCUACGACCCAGUACUGGCAGACAGCGAGCGCGAGGCCGUCGCCGACCUCCUUGGCUUUCUCGAAAAUCGGGCCGAAACCGAUUUCUUCUCCGGAGAGCCUCUUCGAGCAUUAAGUACACUAGUAUACUCCGACAAUAUUGAUUUACAGAGGUCCGCGAGCUUGACGUUCGCCGAGAUUACGGAAAGAGAUGUCAGAGAAGUCGACCGAGACACACUGGAGCCUAUUCUCUUCCUCCUCCAAAACCCUGACAUCGAAGUGCAGCGGGCGGCAAGUGCCGCGCUAGGCAAUCUGGCUGUAAAUACGGAGAACAAGGUCGCCAUUGUUGCACUCGGCGGGCUCACCCCGCUAAUCAAGCAGAUGAACUCACCAAACGUCGAAGUGCAGUGCAAUGCCGUAGGAUGCAUAACCAACCUCGCAACCCACGAGGAUAACAAAGCAAAAAUAGCGCGGUCAGGAGCUCUGCAACCCCUAACACGGUUGGCAAAGUCCAAAGAUAUGCGGGUACAGAGGAACGCAACGGGCGCUCUACUCAACAUGACACACUCUGUAGAUGAUAAUCGCCAGCAGCUGGUCAAUGCCGGAGCAAUCCCCGUCCUUGUACAACUACUCACUUCCUCCGAUGUCGAUGUGCAAUACUACUGCACCACCGCCCUCAGUAACAUCGCUGUGGAUGCCAGUAAUCGAGCCAAGCUGGCGCAAACAGAAGGCCGCUUAGUCCAGUCGCUGGUCCACCUCAUGGAAUCGUCCUCACCAAAAGUGCAAUGCCAAGCCGCAUUGGCUUUGCGAAAUCUCGCGUCUGACGAGCGAUAUCAGCUUGAUAUAGUGCGGGCGAGAGGCUUGCCAUCCCUUCUCCGUCUUCUGCAAUCCUCAUAUCUCCCCCUUAUUCUCUCUGCCGUUGCAUGCAUACGAAAUAUCUCCAUCCAUCCCGCAAACGAAUCCCCUAUCAUUGAUGCUGGGUUCCUCCGCCCUUUAGUGGAUUUACUUGGCUCCACCGAGAACGAUGAAAUUCAAUGCCACGCUAUUUCCACACUUCGGAAUCUUGCAGCCAGCUCCGACAAGAACAAGCAACUCGUCCUGGAAGCCGGUGCUGUGCAGAAGUGCAAGCAGCUGGUGCUCAACGUCCGACUUCCGGUUCAGUCGGAGAUGACGGCAGCGAUUGCUGUUCUUGCUCUCAGUGACGACCUAAAACCCCAUCUCCUCAAUUUGGGAGUUUUUGAUGUCCUGAUCCCACUUACCGAAUCCGACAGCAUUGAGGUUCAAGGAAAUAGCGCCGCGGCCUUAGGGAACUUGUCAUCAAAAGUCGGCGAUUACACUAUUUUCAUCCAAAACUGGACAGAACCCGCUGGCGGAAUUCACGGAUAUCUCCGACGUUUCUUAGCAAGCGGAGACCCUACCUUCCAGCACAUCGCUAUCUGGACCCUAUUACAACUCCUUGAGUCUGAAGACGCGAGGCUUUUGGAACGAAUCGCAAAGUCGAGUGAGAUUGUCAGCAUGGUCGCGGACAUCGCCGAGCGUAGCAUAGAAUCAGACGACGAAGACAACGAAGAUGGCGAAGGCGAGGUCGUCAGCCUUGCUCGCCGAUGCCUAGAACUUCUAGGAAAGAGCGCAGAGCCAAAAACUCUAGUCGAAGGAUAA